ACUAAAAACGGUCUUUCGUAAGCAAGCAUUAGCUUAUUAUGGAUGUGGAUGAAGAGUUAAAAGAAAUUAGCCAGAUAUUCAAAUUUUUGGUUCGAAAUGAAUUCUUUCUUACAUGUUUAGAAUUGUAUCAGGAAUGUGUAGAAAGAGGUCAAAUUGUAUCAUCUAUGAAGGAAUUGUUUACAAUGCCAGGGUUAAAAAAUAUUCAAUGCAAAAAAAAUCCGGGUUUACCAGCGGCAGAUUUGAUUCCUAUAGCUUCUUUUCAAGGAACCAAAGACAAGUUGCCGGAUCCUAUUUCGUCAUCGGAUUUAAUCAGAAAGAAUUUCAUUUUAGAGCAGGAAUUAAAAAAAGAGAGGAAGGCGUUGCAGGACUUGAGAAUUAGCUUCUCUGAAUUGUUGGUAAGCAACUACUUAACUUUACAUACCGUCAAAGAAGACGGAGUCGAAUCUUUGAGAAUUGAGCGUCCGACAUCAAAGACAGAAGUAGAAGUUGUAAAUUAUUUGAUUGAAAAGUACAUGAACUCGCAGGGGUACAAAAUGUCUUCUAUUGCGUUUACAUCUGAAGUGGGCCAGAAGUUUGAAGAAUGGGCAAGAGAAGGUGAUAGUGUGGGGGUGAAGGUGCCUGAGCCGGUAUCUAUUGUUUGGUUGUAUCGGAGUUACUAUGGCAUAUCAAGGGCAAUAGGAGAGGAUAAUCGAGAGGAUCUGUACUCGGUUAUAGAGGAGCUAUGUGAUAUAGUAGAGAAGCUGAGAGUACGCACUAUGGAGGUGGAAAGGAUACUAAUGCAUGGGGAGGAGAGAUCUAGACUGAGGAGGGAGAGUUUGGAUGGCAUGGGGAUGGAGAAGAAGGGAAAGAAAAAGGUCGCAAAUGUUUCUUUGGAGGAUGGAUGGAGCGACAAAGUCGAUGAGAGCCGAAGGAAAAUAGAGUCAGUGACUGGGGAAAUGGUUAGAAUACCUAUUAGAGGGGAAGUGGAGAAGAUAGUGAAGAGAUGCAAUAGGAACUACGGUUUUUUUUUUGCCCAGAACGAGCUACAAAAAGGAAGAGAUGGAAAGAUGGAAAGUCAAUUAAACUUGCUUCGUAGUUCGAAGAACGAGGAGGCGGUGAUUGUAAGUAUGUUGGGGGACACUAUUCCAGAAAUUAUGUAUGGACUUGUAUUAGAGAAGCGCGAAAGGUUGGUGCCUGUGAUUUUAUCGGUGAUAUGUUGUCAUCCGGAGGAGCGAAAGAGGAUGGAAAUGACUAGCGUAUUGUUUGCUCUGUUCCGCACGCCGGAUGAGAGGCAGAGAAAGAUAAUUGUGGAUGGGUUCAUUCAUUUAGCGCAAAAGAUCGGAAAGGAAAGGACAAGUUUAGAGAUACUCCCAGUGAUAGCGGAGGCAGUUUUGUCGGAUGUCGUAGAAAGGCGUGUUUUAUGUGCAGAAAUUUGUGGAUGGUUAUCUGUAUGCGUGGAGCCGAAGAUGCGUUUGAGUUUAUUGUUAUCGAUUUUGCAGCAGUUGUUGGGAGAUCGAUCUCCGAGCGUGCAAUUGGCGGUUGCGGUCAAUUUAGGUCGGGUUUUGAUUGUGGGUGAAAGUGAAUUAGAUGAAGAGAGAUGUGAGUGUUUAGAUGAUGUUAAGUAUCAGCAGAUUGUCGAGUUUGUGAAAGAGUUGCUCAAUGUUGAAGACAUUGUAGCAUUGCAAGUGGUGAGAGUGACGUUGAUUCCGAUUUUGGGAGACUUUUUAGACAGAUAUGGAGUGCUUCGCGAGAAGCUGUUGCCGGAUACGGUAGAAAAAUUGAGGGAGGCGAUAGAGAGAAGAAGAGAUAAGUCGGAGGACUUCGGACGGACAGAGAGCGUUCAAGUGUUAACGGACGUACUGAUAUGUCUCUGUCCGCUGCUAUAUGAGAUUGCUUUAAUGGAGUCCGGUGUGGGCGAGCCAAAUGCGCUAGAAUAUAAGAAUGAGGGACUACGGAGACCGGAAGGCAGUCGUCGGUACAUGUCUUUCGUGUCCGCAUUCUCAGAAAAAAGAAAAAAAAGUUUAAGGAAGAAGUUCGACUGUUGGGUUAACGAGAGGUCUGAUGAAGCACUGAUCCAGGAUGAUUUGAGAAUAUUGAGAUGGUAUGUGCACGAUUUGGUGUCCAAGAUGGUGAGCGUGGCGUGUGAAGUAGAAUCUGAUCAAGCGGUAAUCGGCGCGAUUUGCAGUUUGUUGGCAGUCUUUGGACAAGAGUUUGGCGAGGCGUUGACAUCGAAGGUAACCCAGCCUUUUUUCGAGAGCGAAAUAAACCGUCUGAGUGAGGAAGCAGAGCAAGGAAAUGAGGAUGGGCUAGAGAAAAGAGCAAAACUGAUGACUAUAUAUAUUGGAGGUGUAUUAAGCGUGUUGAAAGGCACCCAAUUGCAAUCUUGUUUACGGGAUAAAUUAGUCAAAAUGUCAACUGGAUGCAAUGGGUGGAACAUGGACCAUUUUGGCACAUUUGAGUCGAGUUUGGAUUUUCUGAUCAAACAUUUUCCGGAACAUCGCCAGACGCUUUUGUCCAGUUUGUGGGAACUAAUUAUCUAUGAAGACGAACGAGUUCGAAACUCAGUAUUGCGCGUUUUGCGAUAUUCAAUACCUUAUUCAAAUCCGUCGGAGUUGUCGUCUCGGAUUAUCCCUGCGUUGAUGACUAUGUCAUCAGAUUCAGACAUAAGGGUUCGAUGCGGCGUGAUAUCCAUAUUUGGAGAUUUGCUCAAGACAGAAGACAUCAUCAAGGUGGACAAAAUCACCACCCAUCUCAGUUCUCUACUAGAUGAAUGUUACCUUAAUUUCAAAAUUGUGAUACAAUGUGCAAAAACUUUAGUGGACACAAUUCCGUUCGUUACGCCUGAGCUCAGAGACAAAUUUGUUCUUCCACAAAUAAUCAAAUUGGCCAAGCGCGCCUCAGAAGAAGACGACCUGAACAGACAAAAGGAACUAGCGGACGUGCUCUGCGAGGGAUACGACACCCUCAGUCGCCUCUCGGUAACAAAGGAGGUCAUCAGGCAACACGUCCUUCCUGGUUUGACAUAUCUACAAAAAACGAGCGAAGUUCUGACGAACGAGAAGAGAAAAGCGAUGAGUGACAUGAUAGCAAAGAUGCGUCCUAUCGCGUCGUGAAAAAAAGCUUUUCUAACUUACAGUAAAAAAUACUUCGUUCUAUUCUUUUAUAUAGAGACAGAAAAGUCGCUCACGUGGGACACUCAUCGUAAUUGUGUGAGCUGACAUCAUUAGACAGCGCAUCAAAGAAGUUUUCUCACAAAAAAUUUCGUGGUUCGUUAGAGAGUUGAACCUUCGCAUUGUCGUAUUUAGGUGGCGUUCGAUUCUCCUCGUCCCUACGGUAAAUCAGUUCGUCCUUGGAGCAGGUAGAAAAAAAAAUGACAGAUCAUCGCCGAAACGCCAGUCUAGCCCUAUAUAUCCAGAAGAAUCGUUUGUGCUCCUUCUGAGAUUUUGAUCGUACCAUCCUACGGCCAAACUCGAGCAGUUUCCGCUGACACAAAGAGAUUCGAAGUUGGUUUUUCUCGUAGUGGUCUAGUUCAGCUUCCAGCUGAGUCAUCAGAUCCUCUAGAUCUACACGGUAGAGGCAGGAGGUCAGGACUUUCCCUUACAGAGUAUCUUUGUGGAACACGGUGUACCUCGCAACACG